AUAUCAUGAUCGACAACGGUAGCGUACGGUACGAUGGAAUGAGAAGAAGCUGCUGUGCGCCAAAUUACUGUAUUAAUCAUGCUUUCGAUCAAAAGUGUAUUCAAGCCAAAUUUAUUUGCAAACAAUGUUGCAAUCGUUACUGGUGGUGCCACAGGCAUUGGAGCGGCAAUUGCCCAUGAACUCUCAUUUUUGGGGUGCAAUGUUAUGAUUGCAUCGAGAAAUGCCGAACGAUUAAAAACUGCUGAACAAGAGAUGCAGAAAAAUGAUAAACUGAUUGGCAAAGUGAUAUCUACUCAAUGCAAUAUUAGAAAAGAAAACGAAGUUGAAAAUUUGAUGAAAAAGACCAUGAAAAUAUUUGGUAAAAUUGAUUUUCUAGUUAACAAUGGUGGUGGUCAAUUUGUAAGCAAAGCAGAAAAGCUGACAGAAAAGGGCUGGCAUGCUGUUAUUGAAACAAAUUUGACUGGGACAUUUUACUGUUGCAAACAUGCAUAUAUGACUACAAUGAAAGACCAUGGGGGUGCUAUUGUUAACAUUACUGCAGAUAUGUGGAAGGGUAUGCCUUAUAUGGCUCAUACAUCAGCUGCAAGAGCCGGAGUUGUUAAUUUAACAAAAACUUUAUCCUUGGAAUGGGCCAGUCAUGGAGUAAGGAUAAACUCUGUAGCCCCGGGCAUAAUCUAUUCGCCGACUGCUCGUGCAAAUUACAAAGACCCAACUAUGUUUGAUAAAGCAAUUGAUAAUCAACCAUCCGCGAGGUCCGGCACACCUGAAGAAAUUUCCGCUGCUGUCUGUUUUUUACUGUCUCCCGCGGCAGCAUAUAUUUCUGGCGAGACCCUAAAAGUUGAUGCUGCUGGAAGUCUUUAUAAAAACUUUAUAGAAAUUCCAAAGCAUGACAAACUACCUGCUUGGUCAUGGGAUGUCGAUCCUAAGUCCUGAUACCUUUUAUAGCUAAGUCU